AUUACGAGCUGUCACAAUAAAACGACUGGGUUGACUGUAAUUGACGCAGAAAAUCACUAUGGCGUAUCAUAUGAUGUCUGUUUGUCUCCUAGUGGCAAUCGUUGGUGUCUUAGUCAGCUCAACGGCGGCGUAUACUGGACAACCACAACGCAGGUUGUUCGAAAAUUGUCCAAGAGAUACCAUCCCUUCCAGAGCUUUAUUUGACCCCGCCGUAGGAAAAUUGCAGUUUUCAUGUAGAAAGGCGCCAAUGCCUGUUCAAUGUGUACUUUUGGGUGCAGUCAGUCCAACACAAUCAGUGAGGUGUCCUCAAAACUUCGUGCUCACUCGCAGAACCCAACAACAACAACCAAUUUGCUGUCAACUUGAAGGUAUUGCUACGACAGAUUGCUUCAGACCGAAGGUGCUGUAUUCAUUUGCACUUGGAUUUGAAAUAUCAAUCCCUGAAGGCUUCGCAGUUGUUGGCAGAUUCAACUACGGGGUGUGCACAACAGAUCCAACCGUGUUCCAGAUCAAAAUUUGCAAAUUAACACCAAAGAUGGCCUAUCCUAACUUUUAACAUAUGAUUUAGAUAAACAUUCAUCAAAAUAUAUAUGGCGAAUUACAUUGGUGCCCUUCUGGCAUUGAUCAACUGUGAAUGUGUAGGCUGUUACAUUGGUGAAAAGACUCGCAUGGUGCUGAUCCAUAUAGCGUUCACUUUCAAAACUCGUUAGUCACUAUCGUGAUUUAAUGCUGUUGUGUAAGAUCAUGUACUACCGGGUAAUGUACAAUAAAUGUGAUAUUGCAA